AUCAAAGUUUCAACUGUCGGUUUCUCAACUUAGAGAGAGUUCAAAUAUUCCCACCAUAAUCUUGUUUAUUACACAAAGGCUCCAGCUAUCUUGACCACCUGCGAUAUACCGAACCCAAGAUCAGGCAUCCGCCAACCCCCUUCUGCAUUUCCUGAACCAUGGCUCACAGCAAGCGGAACACGACGCUCCCAUUCUCCACGGCCCACGAGCGGGCGUUACUGAAGGCUCAAUGGGGGACCAAAACCACUCAACUCACACGCGAAUCUUUCCUCCCUCUCCAUUUCUGCCGGCUAUGCCUGAACGCUCUCCGAGACCCGGUCGCGUGCCCCUCCGGUGACCUGUUCUGUCGCGAAUGCGCGAUCACCAAUCUACUUGCACAGCGCAAAGAGAAGGAUCGAUUGGAGAAGGGGAGGGAGCGCGACGUGGAGCAAAGGAAAGAUGAUGAACUGGAGCGGGAGAAGCUGGCUCAGGAAGAAAGUAUAAAACAGUUUGAGCGUAUACAGCAAGGCUUUGGCAGUUCGAAUGGUCCCCGCAGCGAACCGGAGGAGCGCCGAUCGGAGAAAGAGACGGAGAGAAACCGAGGAACCAAGCGUAAGUUUGAGCUGGAUGAGUCGGAGCUCUUGCGGAUCGCAAAAGAAGAUCAGAAUCGGAUACAGGAGGGGAUGAGAGCGGAGAAGCGAGCCAAGAACGCCAAAAGCCAACUACCCAGCUUCUGGGUGCCGUCACAGACGCCGGAUGAGCUCGAUCGAGUGCGAGGUGGCGAACAUGAAGCCGCUCCAGACACUAAAGAUCGUAAAUGGCACGCAAUAUGCCCAGCUUCGGCAUCGAACGCCAAACAUGAGUUCUCCCUCAAGACGCUCACGCCUGUCCAUUUCCAAACGGACGAUAGGGAUAAAGCACAAUCCGGUACAUCGAACGAUAGAGAGGCGGCGCCAUCGUGUCCGAGCUGUAAGAAGCGGCUCAGUAACGCUGCGAAGGCGAUGAUAGCCAUUCCAUGUGGUCAUGUUGUGUGCAAGCCCUGCGUCGAAAAGUUUGUAGAUCCGACGGGCAAGGAGGCGCGGGACCUCUGGGAUCACAAUGGUGAAUCAGGAGGACUUCUGAGGUGCUACGUUUGCGACGCGGACCUGAGUAGCCAGCAGCAGGAAGGCAAGAAGGGGAAAGAUGGAAAGGGUCGGAAAAAGGACAAGGGUCGAAAACCGGGUCUUGUGCUGAUUAGAAGCGAGGGCACGGGUUACGCAGGUGGAGGAAAGAACACGGUCAAGAAAGAAGGGGUAGCGUUCAAGUUCGGAUGAGACAGUAUCUUAAGGCGGAAAUGCACGUGCCAGACGUAUGCUCAAAUCAUGAUACAUUGGCUCUAUCAAUCCAUAUAAACUCCAAGUG